GGAAGGAAAGUGGGAGAUAACUCUGAAGUCACUACUGCCACACUAACAUUUCGCCAUGCUUCUUCCGGUCGCAUCGAAUCUCCUCCGGAGAUUCGGAUCACACAGGGAUAUCCUUGGAGGUUUAUUGAGGCAGCAGAAGUCCGUUAUUGCUUCUUCUGUGUCUUGUUCAUCUUCUCUUACGUCUGCUUCCACAGGAAAUGAAUCGCCAUCUUCGAUCAGCGGGACACGGAAUGCCGCGACUUUGACCCCGCGUCGGGACCCCAUCCGCUGGGAGCCGACCGAUGUCGGCCUCCCACCAGAAAUAGAGCCUUACGAAGCACUGUGCAUCGAGAUGAAGGGUUACGAUUUCGUGGUGCUGGAGAAGUUUGCAUGCUACGUGCAUAAGAUGUGUGAUAACCUGGGCCACAACUGCGAGGCCUUCGCCAUGCCGGCCAAAUCACUCCACGUCUCCACGUAUCGGCCCCAAUCGACCGUGACCGACAACACCUACGAGCUGCAGGUGUACGAACGGAACGUCCUGCUCCAGGAUUUGACCAACACCGCCCUGCCGCCGCUCAUCUCGCUCUUCACGUGUCACCUGCCCGAAGGGGUCACCCUGAGGGUACGGCACCACACCGCCGACGACGACGCGAACCGUUACAUCCCGGACAGACAGCUGCGCGAGUUACACGGACAAUUGGAGGAAAUCCAGGCGUCCAAGAAGAAGAAGUAACGACCACCAGGAACCGCUGGGACGGAGAGAGAGAAGAAAGAAAGAAA